AUACAUUUAAAACCGUUUAUGACGACAUCGUUUAGAACAACAUAUCGGUUAUAUUGACCAAAAUCAAAGGUCCCGACUGAAUGCUACAUAACAGUCUUAUAAAAAAAAUAUUGCUUUUUACGACAUUGCUUACUACGACAUACCGCAUUAUACGACCACAUUUCGCUAAUGUUUUCGAAAAAUUAUAUCUGUAGAACAACCAGCUGAUCCGUAUUGUAAACAAUUUGAAUAGGCACAGUGUAAUUAAUGGUCAAUGGCUAUUAUCGUAAAAGUCGUAAAAGUAAACACGUGUCGAGUUCAGGCACAAAAGGUUUAGGGUCUUUUGUAAUUCUUAGAAACAAAACACACGCAUUUGUACACAAGACGCACCAAAACACAGUGUUGAGUUAAUUGUGAAACUGUCAACAUGUCGGGAGCAAAAAGAAAGCAGAUUAAUAUCGAAGAAAAGUCGCGUAUUAUUUCAAAGUUAGAGAGCGCAGUUCCAAACAAAGACUUAGCAAAAGAAUAUGGCGUAUCACAUUCGACAAUUUCCACCAUUUGGAAUGAGAGGGAAAAAAUUCAAAACCUCUAUGACAAAAUCUUUUUGAAAAUGAAACGAGCCCGGACAAAGAAGCAUACGAAGAUUGAAGAAGCUUUGUUAAAGUGGUUUAAAUAUCAAAGGACAAAUAAUGUGCCAAUAAGUGGACCAAUUCUUCAACAAAAAGCAAACGAUUUUGCUCAACGUUUUGGUGAAGAUUUUGUUUGCUCGUCUAGUUGGAUUCAACGUUUUCGGGCUCGGCACGGCAUUGUCGGCGGGAAAAUAAGUGGUGAAGCUGCCAGUGUUGAUAAAGGCAGGACUUUAAAGUUCAAAGGAGAGAAUUGUUCGGGAGGAAAAAUGUCAAAGACGAGACUAAAGAUCAUGGUUGCAGCAAAUAUGACAGGGUCCUGUAAAAAGAAGCUUUUAGUUAUUGGGAAAUCUAAGAAACCAAGAUGCUUUAAAUCAGUACGCUCACUGCCGGUAACGUAUGAAAAAAAUGUGAAAUCAUGGAUGACAUCGGAAAUCUUUGAAAGAUGGUUGUGACACUGGAACGCCGAAUUAAAAGCAAACAAUAAGAAAGUUCCACUUUUGGUUGAUAAUUGUCCUGCUCAUCCAGCUGUUACUAAUCUAAAGUUCAUUAAACUUGUUUUCUUACCACCAAAUGUUACAUCUGUAUUGCAACCUAUGGACCAAGGUGUAAAAGAUGUUUAA